UCAUGAUUCUUUCACUUGUAUUUUUUUAGUUUCUCUGCAAAUAUGAGUGACAAAACCUUUCACAUUGUCAUGUACCCAUGGUUUGCCAUGGGCCACCUAACCUCAUUCCUGCACAUCUCCAACAAGCUUGCUGAGAGAGGCCACAGAGUCUCUUUCUUCUUGCCAACCAAAACUCAACCAAAGCUAGAGCCUUUCAAUCUGCACAAAAACCUCAUUUCUUUCUUCCCCAUCACCCUUCCACAUGUAGAUGGUUUCCCUCCCGGUGCUGAAACAACCGCAGAUGUUCCCUUCCCAUUGCAUCCCCUCCUCAUGACUGCCAUGGACCUUACGGAACCAGCAAUCGAAGCUUCUCUUAGCGAACUUGAACCGGAUUUCGUAUUCUAUGAUUUCACUCACUGGAUACCAGCAUUGGCAGGCCGGCUAGGCAUCAAGUCCAUACAUUAUUGCACAAUUAGUCCAGCAGCUAUAGGGUAUCUGCUAAGCCCAGAAAGAAAACUCAACGAGAAAACAUUGACGCCGGCCGAUCUUAAGGCGCCUCCGCCGAGUUUCCCACCUUCAUUGAUCAAGCUAGGUGCCCAUGAAACCAAACAACUAACCUCUGUAACGGUGCAAGAGUAUGGCAGAGGCAUAUCAUUCAUGGAACGUCAAGAGAUCUCUAUAAAAGAUUCUGACGCCAUUAGUUUCAAAGCUUGUAGGGAGAUGGAAGGACCUUACUGUGACUAUGUUGAAAGACAAUUUAGAAAGCCUGUGAUUCUUGCAGGGCCAGUAGUGCCAGAGCCACCAACUUCAGCAUUAGAUGAGAAAUGGGCAAAGUGGCUGGAUAGUUUCAAGGAAAAAACUGUGAUAUUUUGUGCAUUUGGAAGCGAAUGCAUUCUAAAAAAGGAUCAGUUUCAAGAACUGGUUCUGGGUUUUGAGCUAACAGGCAUGCCUUUUCUCACUGCUCUGAAACCACCAAUGGGUGUAGAAACAAUAGAAUCUGCAUUGCCAGAAGGGUUUGAACAGAGGGUGAAGGGAAGAGGGGUUGUUCAUGGGGAUUGGAUUCAGCAGCAGUUGAUUCUGAGGCACCCUUCUGUGGGGUGCUUUGUAACACACUGUGGCUCAGGUUCUUUGUCUGAAGCGAUGGUGACUGAGUGCCAAUUGGUGCUGCUGCCACACGCUGGGGAUCAAAUUAUCAAUGCAAGACUAAUGGGUGGAGAUCUGAAAGUAGGGGUUGAGGUUGAGAAAUGUGAAGAAGACGGGGUGUUUACAAGGGAGGGCGUGUGCAAGGCAGUGAGGGCUGUCAUGGAUGAAAAUAGUAAUGUGGGGAAAGAGGUGAGAGCCAACCAUGCUAAAUGGAGGGACUUCUUGCUGAGCAAAGGGCUUGAGAACACCUACAUUGAUGGUUUUGUUCAAAAGCUGCAUUCUCUGCUCAUCUAAUUUCAUCUUAAUUUUAUUAUAGGUGUAUUAGAUGCAUAGAUGUUCCAUAGCUGUUCUUACACCUAUAUUUGUAAUGUUACUGCUCAUGUUUGAAGUUUGUUUAAAUAUAUAUGUUUAGCAUGAAUCCAUGAUUUUGGAUUUGAAUGAUGAGGGGAUAUUGUUCUUGCAAAAAUGAAUUUCUUCAUUAUUUACUCAUGAAGCCCACGGUAUUCAGAAAUACAUAGGAGCCAAAAGGGCGUGGGUACAUAGCUGCAGAAAAAGGACUGCAGAGAAGAAAACAAGGGGAGGACUUGUCUGAAGCCAUAUCUGGCUGCGCGUGGGAAAUCAAAGCCAGCUCUGAGGAGAUCUUUUUGUUACAGAAAAUCAAUACAAAGAAGCAAAAGAGGAAACAAAACUUCUUCUUUCAAAAUUUCAGUGCUUGGGUGUUACAAAGAAGGAAAUCAAAAGCCAUGCUGGAAAUGCAGAACUCAGUCAGCAGUACGUGAGACCAGCUGGAGAUUAUGUUUUUCAUAGAUUAAUAUUGAAUGAUUUAAAUU